GAUGGUUAGAGUUGGUUAAGGGUUUAACUGAUUCUUUGUUGAUUAGUUAAUCAUCAAGUGUUUUCCACCACAAUUAUUGGUUGAAUUUGUUUUUUUUUUUUUUCUUUUCUCUUUUUACCUUUUGUAUUGGAGAAUUGUAGAGAAAAUGUUCCAAUCUGAAUCGCAAUGGAAUGAUUAGCUUUUGAUUGUGCCUUCUUAUUGUUUCUUAUCUGGUGUUUUCCAUCUUGAUUGUUUGUUUGAUUUGUCUUUUGCUCGACAACAGUUGAAUGAAAUGUUAUCGUUCAAUUGUAUUGGUUUUUAUUACCUUUAUGAGAUUCCCAAUGUUCAACAAAUUAUCAUCAGCUUAUCAUUAGUUGUAACUAAUUGUUAAUUGGUUACAAUGUUACUUCUCUUUUUGUCUGGUUUAUCUGGAUUAUCUGGUUUCAUAGAAAAUUUUAGUCUCCAUCUUGAUGAAACCUUUUGAAGAUUGUGCUCUAUUCUACCAUCUUAUUCAUUGAAAAAUUUUAGCUAUAUUUUAUUUAUUAAAAUAUUCUCUUUUAUGUGCCUGGUUUAUUCUAGUCUGAUGGUUAAUUAUGUCCGAAAUUAAAACCGAUUCGACAACAUCUCUUCUGAUCCCAGUUACAACUGAAGAUUUUUCGAAAAUUUCAUCAUCCAGUAAUACUCCUGACGAUCAAGGCCUCGAUCUAACUGAACCUGAUAAUCUCAGUUCAAUACCUUCAUCUUCUGAUGAUUCACCUUUAAUUUCAUCAGCAUCAUCAUCUGAUUGCUUGCCGUCAUCAUCUAUUUCUUUAGACAGUUUAUCUUCCAAUUCUGAUGAGAAAGAUGAUGAAGUCAAAGAAGAAUUCGUUUGUCUAUCAAUUGAAUUGCCUGAAAAAAACACACAACCCGAUGAAGACACCCCUGAAUCAUUGCCAGCUCAACAACAACAACCACAACAACCACAACAACCACCACAAUCAUCAUCGCCACCUCCACCAGCAACACCCCAAGAACCAAAACCUAUUACACCAAUACCUACACCGAAGGUCAAAUCGGUUAACGAAAUGCCGAUUGAUUACUCGAAAUUAGAUAAAACCUUCUCUGUGGAUUUUGAUAAUUGGGAAAAUCCUAAAAGAAAAGGUUUUUUUUCGUGUUUUAUCAAACCCGAUGGGAAACUAAAAUACAUGCAAGGACUUCAAUCUUUACGCUAUCUGAAACUUCCGGCUGAUUAUAUUGUAUCUAUCAAUCUACGAGAUGGAUACACGAAAGAUAUUAAACUGGUUCAUCCAAACAAUGACCCAGAAAACUUAUUACGAUUUAUUCUAGAUAACAAGUAUGAUCUAAGUAAAGAUAACGACGGCGAUGAAGAAGAUGAUGAAGAUGAUGAAGAUGAAAAUGGUUCAAAGGAAAACAGGCCAAUAGCAGAUAUAAUAAGUACUUCUGAAACCUUGACCUUAAUCAUGUCAACACCAUUUUCCAAACAAAAAGCUUGGACAUUGAUUGGAGUCAAUGUUGGCGGUUCUCUGAUUCUCAAGGAAAAAGAGACCUCAAAAUCGACUAAAAGUGUUUACGAAGAUCGCAAAUUUCUUGAAGCAAUGGCACGACGCAACGAUGGUUCGAAAAUUCAUCCCGAAGGAUAUGAUUGGUUCUACACUGUAUCCCGAGGGAAAAUUGGAAACCAUAGGCUUCUAUAUUCGUCAAGGAUAAGUGGAGCAAUUAACAAGGAACAAGUUGAUCAUCCAAUAGAUUCGAUGAAAUUUGUCUCAACCCAAUUACGAUCCGUUGAGUGGAAUCAAUCAUCAAAAUCACGAACCAUUUUCUGGCGUAAUUCAGGAUUGAAUUUAUAUUGUUCAACUUUACUCGAUAAAAUUGAUUGUAUAAUUUACGGUGAAAAGGAACCAGGUAACUGGAUUAAAGAGGUAAAGGUAAUGGGACAUCACGAAAUCGCCAAAAAACAUCACAAUUGGUCACCCAAAACUUGUAUUGAUUUUAUGGAUAACUUUUUGAACUUUAUUCGAGAAGCAUCAGAAUCAUCCCAAGAAUCUGUUCCGUUUGAGGUCACUUUUGUCCCACCCAAAAGUAACAUUGGAAAGGUCAUGAUAAAAACACUCGAAGAACCUUUCGAAAAGUAUUUCCCGUCCUGGUAUUUGCUUGACGAAUCGCCUGAAGAUUAUUGCCAACAGCGAGAUGACCGUUUACCUUUGGUCAAACAUCUUGGGCCGAGUUUAAUUUCCCGUCUUUCUCUUAGUGAAAGGCCAAGAGUGGCUAAUGGUGCUGAUGAUAAUGACGAUGAAGAUGAUGAUGAUUCAUUUAAUGAAGUUCGCGAGAAAUAUGGACUUUGUUCAAGACGCUUCGGCUCUUCGGUACUUGUGUUGCCCGAAAAUGGACAGGUCAACAUUAAUCUUCUCACAGAUUUUGAUGCCAAUUCAGUUCCUGGUCGUCGAGGUGCUGGUGGUGGUGGUGAUUCUAAUGGUCAUCGUCGUAGAUUUAGAAGUCCACAAAAGUCGAUGCAUUUCCUUGAAUGGAUUUCCGCUAAUAAAAGGGAUCUAAUGACCGAUUCACCGAUAACCGAUGAGGCCAAUGGUGGUGUUUUCGAUCCAACAAAAGAUACAUUCGCUGAUUUUGUCUGUGAUUCAUUCGUGUUAAGGUCAAUCAUGUCCACUCCUCACAUUUCAUCCGAUGACACUUGGUCCAUUGUCGCUGUUAAGAUGCGAGGUAUUAUUUAUUUAAUUGAAGGUAACGGUCAAUCAUCUGUACGGCCAUCUUUACGAUCAUCUGGUCGCUCAUCAUCACGAUCAUCUGUAUCAUCAUCUGGCCGAUCUUCCGGUCGAUCAUCAUCAAGAUCAUCUAAUCAAUCGGGACCUCGAAAUUCAAACACUGAUCCAGUUUUCUCUGCCGCCUCAUCUCAUGCUGGCCUUAAAUUUAAAGAGUUACUAUCAGCUCGAUUUGAUGGAAGCCAUAGUCCAGUUAACGGUAAAGGAAAUCGUGAUACCUUUUGGAUGGUCUGUAAGACCAAUGUUGGAACUAAUCAUCGAGUACUUUACAAUGCUCGAACUGAUUGUGCUCUAGAUGAUAAACAAUUGUCCAAAACAAUCGAUGAGGCCGCUUUUGUGGAGAUACGAACUCGACCUGCUUCAAUUAAUGAACAACAUUGGGAAAAACGAGCAAUCGCUUGGUGGAUAACCUCAAUUCUAAGCGGUACCAAGUUAAUUUUUUGCGGUGAACGUGAUGAUGAUUUUUUCGUUCGUACUGUGACCAAAAUUUACGUCGAUUCGCUGCCCAAACCAAGGUUCAAAUGGUCACCCAAAGCUUGUGUCGAUUUUCUCGAUGAAACCUUGACCUUUAUCAAAUCAAUGGUUCUCGAAGAUAUGAAACCUUAUCGAUUUAACAACACUCAAGAUAAAGUGAUUUGUACCCGAUUAGAUGAACCCGUUGAUAAGUACAUCUCAUUUCGAUAUAUUGAACAUUCAAUGUACGAAUUUCGAGAUCUUAUCCCUCAACAUCAAGACGACACCGAGACGACCAUCAGCACCAUUCAAAGUGACCACGAACCGGAAGAGAUCAAAACUGAGCCCGAAUCAACCUGAUCACCGUAAUGCACUUACGGUUUUUUCAUUAAAUCAUCAAAAACAAAACAAAAACCGUUAACUUGAUCAUCUUUUUUUCAAUCGAUUAAUUUUCCUUUUAUAUUAUCCUUAAUUGUCGUCUAAUCCCUUUUACUGAUUACUUUAUAUUGUAACUUGAUCAAUUAUAUUAUCCUCACAUUAAUUGUUUUGUAUCGAGCUUUAAUUGUCCAUAAAUUGGUCACAUUUUUUGGUAACAAUUAGCAAAUUGGUAUUGGUCUGUUAUGAACAAUUAAAAACUAACCAUUUGCCUCUCA